AUGGCGGAAAUUAAAUCUGUCUCGGAGCUUGUCCCAACUAUUACUAAAAUUACUGAUCACAAGUUGACUUGGAUCCGUAAUUCCAUUGACAGUGAGAUUAUUCCCUCUAUUAAUCACUGUGAAUUGGUUAAGGAACUAAUGGAUUAUUUAGAUUUUUUGUAUUCAGGAAAAGGAAAUAUCUCUCGUGUUUACGAGGUCUGCAAAGCUUUCUAUCGUUCUGAAAAACAGGAUCGUCCUCUCAAAGCUUACUUUAUGGACUUUAAAAGGAUGUAUGAAGAACUGAAUGUGUUAAUGCCUCUUACUGCUGAUUUGAAGGUUCAGCAUAAGCAACGGGAGCAAAUGGCUAUUAUGAGCUUUCUUACUGGUCUCCCACCUGAGUACGACACAGUUCGGUCUCAAAUCUUAUCCGGAUCUGAAAUUUCUGACCUUCAAGAUGUGUUUUCCAGAGUAAUGAGAGCUGAGAAUCUCUUGCCACCAGCUGCUAGUAUUCCUACAAGUGCCUUGCUCAGUAAGGGCACCUAUGAGACUCGUAGUCCCAUUGAUAACCGCGGGGGGCCUACCCGUGGUGGUUCGAAGCAAGGGGGAGCCCCUUCUGACUCCAGUGAGGUAGUGUGUUAUUACUGCAAAGAACCGGGGCAUACAAAACGCACAUGUCGAAAACUUCAGAAUAAACAGCAACGGAAUAACUCUGCCCACGUGGCUACACAAGCCAGUGCCCACGUGGCUACACAAGCCAGUGACACAGUCACGAUUUCUGCUGCUGAGUAUGCCCAGUUAAAAUCUACUACACCGUCUGUGAGUGCCGCAGCUACAACAGGUAAUAAUGCUACUGCCCUUGCUUCUUCUUCCUCAAAGUGGAUCAUAGAUUCCGGGGCUACUGAUCAUAUGACAGGAUCUUUUGACGAGGCGGAUUAUUGGUAGAGGUUAUGAAUCUGGUGGGCACUAUAUACUGGAUGAUCGGGUGUCUCAUGCGGUAGCUUGCGCUAGCAGUCAUUCUCCCUUUGAAGUUCAUUGUCGAUUGGGUCAUUUGUCUCUAUCUUUUCUUAAGAAAGUUUAUCCUCAAUUUCAGCAUUUGUCGUCUUUAGAUUGUGAGUCAUGUCAGUUUGCCAAGCAUCAUCGUCUUCCUUUAGUGUCUCGUGUCAAUAAACGGGUUUCAUCCCCUUUUGAGUUAGUCCAUUCUGAUGUUUGGGGUCCUUGUCCUGUAGAGUCCAAAGCAGGGUUUAAAUACUUUGUUACAUUUGUUGAUGAUUAUU